AGCAGUUCGGCUCAGUUACGAGCGGGACGUCGCGCGCUACGGACGUGCGCUCACACAUACACGUAAGCGUGACGCGAGUACAAGUGUGAAUCGACCUGCGACCGCGAAUUGCAGGGUGGAAGUCGUCACCAUGAUGAUGCACGCGAUGGAUCACACGGGCGCUGGUCUCGGGGUCGGCGUUUUACCCUUCGACGGGAUGGGAAUCUACGAGCAACCGAGACCAAGGCUGGUCUUCAAGAUGCCAAGAGUGGUGCCGGACCAGAAGAGCAAGUUCGAGAACGACGAGCUGUUCAGGCGGCUAAGUCGGGAAAGCGAGGUGAAAUACACCGGCUACAGAGACAGACCCCUCGAGGAGCGCCAAGUGCGCUUCCAAAACGGUUGCCGCGAAGGCCACACCGAGAUCGCCUUCGCCGCCACUGGCACGAAUCUCCAGCUGGUCUUCGGCGUCACUUCUGGAAAUUUCGGAGGUGACCCACGCGAGUGCGACUUCGACAAAGAACACGGCAAGGUCCACAUAAAAUCUCACCUCAUAAUGAACGGCGUGUGCGUAACGUGGCGCGGUUGGAUCGAUUUGGAGCGUCUCGACGGGGUCGGCUGCUUGGAGUACGACGAGGAGCGCGCUACCGAGGAGGACGCUCUGCUGCGCGACCAAAUCGAACGUUACAAUCGCCGCAUGCAAGACAUCGAGGACAAGCAUCGCGUUUAUCGUAGCGGUGCCGCUGGCGUUCAAGCAGCGCCACAUCUCAACCAUCACCACCAUCAUCAUCCACACCACGCGCAUCCCGGUGUACCUGGUGCCGACUUAGGCUUUUAAAUUUCCCUCUUAAGUUUCGUGGCGCGGAAUUCGUUUGUGUUCGUUUCUUCGAAUGCGUUCUUUUGUAAAUAUUGUUUGUUCGAGGACUGUCGAUUUUAAGAGACUUAUACAUAUCGACGGAAGAAGUGACGGGAGUGCAUUGUGUUUUUACAACCAAUCACUAAUACUACCAUUUCAUUGUAAGUUUUACGAUUCUUUCGUCGAGGAUUAUGCAAUAUUAUUUUUUCGUUUGUAUAAAGAUCUCAGUAUGAUCCCGCAAUGUGUAAAAUAUUUUUAUCGAUUUAAUAUUAAAGUUAUAAUUUGAAUGAAAGACAC